ACCUCGAUUAAAGAGGUGCAGGUACCGGGAUUCUCUCGUCGGUCGCGUCAGGAGCGAUCAGAUCAGUUCGUUGUCACUCGUCGUCUGUCGAGGCCGAAUUAGCGACAGCAGGGAUCGAUUCGAUCGCCCGUCCGUCCGGUGGUUCAAUCCGGGUGCUUUUAGAGUUUGUUUAUCUGUUGAUUAAUCCAAGAACGAAGAUGUUUCACCUGAAAUCGUUAGUGAAAACCGCGGCGUUGAAGCAAGCGACAGACGUAAGCAUUCUGGCCCGAGUCCUGCCGACAGCUCUGCAUCAGACACGCGGUUACGCCGACCACCAAAUCCCGGAUCGCCUAAAGGAUGUGCCAUCCGCACCAAACCCAAAAUUCUUUGACAUGGUGGAGUACUUCUUCCACAGAGCCUGCCAAAUCGUCGAGGACAAGCUAGUCGAGGAUAUCGGCAAGGGGUCGAAAUUGUCGGUCGAGGACCGUAAAAAGAAGGUUAAGGGUAUCCUCAUGCUCAUGCAGCCUUGCGAUCACAUACUCGAAAUCAGUUUUCCCCUCAGACGUGACUCCGGUGAUUAUGAAAUGAUACAGGGAUACAGAGCUCAGCACUCGACUCAUCGUACACCCUGCAAAGGAGGUAUUCGUUUCUCAAUGGACGUAUCACGCGAUGAGGUAAAAGCGUUGUCCGCUUUGAUGACCUUCAAGUGUGCCUGUGUUGACGUACCAUUUGGUGGAGCUAAAGCUGGUAUCAGAAUUAACCCAAAGCUAUACUCAGAACACGAGUUGGAAAAGAUCACGCGAAGGUUCACUCUGGAGCUUGCGAAAAAAGGAUUCAUUGGGCCUGGCGUGGAUGUUCCUGCUCCUGAUAUGGGAACUGGUGAACGUGAGAUGUCUUGGAUUGCAGACACCUAUGCCAAAACAAUCGGUCACUUGGAUAUUAACGCUCACGCAUGUGUAACCGGAAAACCCAUUAACCAGGGUGGUAUUCACGGGCGAAUCUCUGCUACAGGACGCGGAGUUUUCCACGGCCUCGAAAACUUCAUUAACGAAGCAAAUUACAUGAGCAUGAUCGGAACAACUCCUGGGUGGGGUGGCAAGACCUUCAUCGUUCAGGGCUUUGGUAAUGUAGGUCUUCACUCAAUGCGUUAUUUGCAUCGUGCCGGUGCCGUCUGCAUAGGUGUUAUUGAACACGAUGGAUCCAUCUUCAACCCUGAGGGUAUCGACCCCAAGCAAUUGGAAGACUACCGCAACGAUACAGGGUCUGUCGUCGGUUUCCCUGGAGCCAAGCCAUACGAAGGAGAGAACUUAAUGUAUGAGCCUUGUGAUAUCUUCAUUCCUGCUGCUGUUGAGAAAGUCAUUAACAAAGAUAACGCUGGUCGUAUUCAGGCAAAAAUCAUUGCUGAAGCUGCUAAUGGCCCCACUACUCCAGCCGCCGAUCAAAUUCUCAUCCAAAGGGAUAUUCUUGUGAUUCCCGAUCUCUACAUCAACGCUGGUGGUGUAACCGUUUCCUUCUUCGAGUGGCUCAAAAAUUUAAAUCAUGUCUCCUAUGGGCGACUUACAUUCAAGUACGAGAGGGAGUCCAACUACCAUCUUUUGGAAUCUGUUCAGGAAUCAUUGGAACGUAGGUUCGGACGUGUAGGUGGUCGAAUUCCGGUGACACCCUCAGAAUCUUUCCAGAAACGUAUUUCCGGAGCCUCAGAGAAGGACAUCGUACAUUCUGGUCUCGAUUACACAAUGGAGCGAUCAGCAAGGGCCAUCAUGAAGACAGCAAUGAAGUACAAUCUUGGAUUGGAUUUGAGGACAGCUGCCUACGCGAAUUCAAUUGAGAAAAUUUUCACAACUUACUCGGAGGCUGGACUCGCUUUCUAGGCACGCAUCAAUUGAGAUGAGAUUUUUUAUCGAUUUCACGAGUCGAAAAAUGAAUUACUUUUGAUGAAUACUUUGAAUGAAUUUAAGGAGAAUAAGUCAGUAUUGUAAAUUUUUUAUCCGCACGCCAUUUAAGUCACUUUAAUCUCGAUAUUCAUUUUAAUGUAUGAUUUAUACGCCAUUCAACUAUAUACACACUGUGGCGUAUAUUUCUUGUGUACGUACUCAUGUGCCAUGUGAUAGUCAACGAUUGAUUUUAAAUCUACAGAGAACGUUACGAAUAGCAAAAUAAUAUUACAUGUACAUGCUUAACCACUUUAGUGGUGUUUUUUUUUUUUUUCCAAUAUGUUAGUCAUACUGAAAUAUGAAGAUCCACGAUAUCUGAGCAUAUUUAAAAAAUGAAUUCUUUCGAAAUAUAUCUCUCGUAAGCUUAUUUUUUUGGCGAUCUUCUUACAUCUCACCGUUGUAUAAUUUUGAAUGCAUGUUUUGCUAUUCUAAUGAAUACACGUGAGUUUU